CGGCGAAGACGAGCCGGGACCCCGAGCGCGGCGGCGGCUGCGGCGGGAGGACGGGCGGCGAGCGGCGAGCGCACGAUGCCGAUGCCGGCGCCAGGGGGCGGCCGCUCCGCGUGCAGCCCAGCUCUGGAGGCUGAUCAGCUGCUCCUCUCUGCGCCGCUUUGCAGGGCACUUUCUGCUGCAGAACAGGAGUAUAGCACAGGAUUAUUGCCCCAGGCAUUUAGCAUCCAGUUAGAGAAACCUGAAAGCUGUACCUGAUCCAGGAUCGCACAAUAGGUUGAUCAUCUUCACAAAUUAGAGUCUCCAUGGCCCGGACGUUAUCUAAAAAUCAUUUUGAGUAAAAAAUCCUCCGAGUAACGCAUUUGCAGCAUCAAGAUGGUGGGAAAACUCAAGCAGAAUCUAUUAUUGGCCUGUCUGGUGAUCAGCUCAGUGACUGUGUUUUACCUGGGGCAGCACGCCAUGGAGUGUCAUCACCGAAUCGAGGAGCGCAGCCAGCCAGUCAGACUGGAGAGUGUCCAGGCCACCCCCAGAACUGCCAACCAGACUGCCACCUACCACAAGGACAUGCCUUUGAUCUUUAUCGGGGGAGUGCCCCGGAGCGGAACCACGCUCAUGCGGGCCAUGCUGGAUGCCCACCCCGACAUCCGGUGCGGGGAGGAGACCAGGGUUAUCCCUCGAAUCCUGGCCCUCAAGCAGAUGUGGUCCCGCUCCAGCAAAGAGAAGAUCCGGCUGGACGAGGCUGGCGUCACUGACGAAGUGCUGGACUCUGCCAUGCAGGCCUUCUUACUAGAGAUCAUCGUGAAGCAUGGCGAACCGGCCCCUUAUCUGUGUAACAAAGACCCCUUUGCCCUGAAGUCAUUAACCUACCUUGCCAGGCUGUUCCCCAAUGCCAAGUUUCUUCUGAUGGUUCGAGAUGGGCGGGCAUCCGUACACUCCAUGAUCUCCCGAAAAGUCACCAUAGCCGGGUUUGAUCUUAAUAGCUACAGGGACUGCUUAACCAAGUGGAAUCGUGCCAUAGAGACCAUGUAUAACCAGUGUAUGGAAGUCGGGUAUAAACGAUGCAUGUUAGUCCAUUAUGAGCAGCUCGUCCUGCACCCUGAGCGCUGGAUGAGAACACUCCUAAAGUUUCUCCACAUCCCCUGGAACUACUCAGUAUUGCACCAUGAAGAGAUGAUCGGGAAGGCAGGGGGCGUGUCUCUGUCUAAGGUAGAGAGAUCGACAGACCAAGUCAUCAAGCCAGUAAAUGUGGCCGCGCUAUCAAAAUGGGUUGGGAAGAUACCCCCUGAUGUCUUACAGGACAUGGCGGUGAUUGCUCCCAUGCUUGCCAAGCUCGGGUAUGACCCACAUGCCAAUCCACCUAGUUACGGAAAGCCUGAUCCCAAAAUUCUUGAAAACACAAGAAGGGUCUAUAAAGGAGAAUUCCAGCUACCUGAUUUCCUUAGAGACAAACCACAGAAUGAACCUGGCGACGUAGAGAAGAGUGGAGACGCCUCUGUCACACACAAGGAAGGAAUUCUGCCUUUUCAAGGGAUGGGUGAUCUCUAGGAAUGUCCGUCCUGUCUGUCCGUCCAUCCCCAGGCUGAGAUCAGUGGCUCGGACUUCAUGACCUGAAUCUUCAGCCUCUUUCUCCCUGUUCUCUCUCGUCCGUCCCCUUCCCGUGUGUGGGUUCCAUCAAGCACAGUUCAGUUGUCACAAGUGAAUUAUUUCCCUACCAGGAUGCUCCUGUACCUCAGUGGUAACAGAGUAAGGUACUACAUGGACCUUGCAGGGGUCAAAGGUCUGGAGGGGAAAAGAUGCCUCCAAGGGCCAGAUCUCCGCUGCAGCUGCUGGAUCCACAGUUUUCUUUAAUCUGAUUCUAAACCUUCCAUUUGUGAAAGGGGUUCCUCUGAAAGAAGACUGAGGGAUCUAAGGCGGGGAACUUUGGGAGUGGGUAGUCUGUGCUCAAUCCCAGAUGUUUUGUAGAACAGUUUGUUCCUGUUGAAAUCUGAUUAAUGUGGAUGGUGUGAACUUGCUUAAUUAUUUAAAGAAUGAUGUGUUAUUUCUGAGAGGGCGGGGAAUCAUGUACAUUUACAAUUCAAUGACUUUUGUAUUUUAUUUUUCAAAAUAAAAGCUUUAACUGUGA